UGGCAACUCGAACAUGUUGUAAACUCCAGACGGCACAGAGAUACUAUGUUCGUGCUCGAACAUCUUGGAACGGCUCUCCCCGAUCUUUGGAUAGGUUGUAAUACCGAGAGCAGCACUCUCUAAGAGAACUUGUAGCCGAUGCCAGUUCGGGUCUUCCGACUUGGGGCCUUUCAAGAAAGUCACUUCGAUUUGAGACGCGCGCUGGAAAUGUCGUUCCUGGAGCGUUCGAGCUGUUCCAGCGAGUGAGCGUGUGUGUGCCCGUGUGUACCGCCCCCUACCCGUCGAAAAAAAAUAAAAAAAGAAAAGUAAAAAGAAAAGCAACCAAAAGAAGGGAAAUCAAAAAUAAUAUUGAAAAGAAAAUACACAAGUGUACAUAUCUGCAUGUGAGACGAGAGUGUUUUUUAUUUGCCGCAAUUAGAAGUAACGGUGCGAAGGUGAUUUGCACGGGAGAAACUGAAAAAUCACCGAAGCGCGAGAUACUUGUAUCUGCAAAUUUCGUGAGUUUUCAUACGAAUUGUUUAGCGUUUCGCAACAAUAACAUCAACAAGUGAAGAGGAGCUCCCUCUGCCCUCCAUUACUUUUAAUUCAAUCAAACGAUCGACCGCAAUUUGUUCUAAGCCCGAAACAAAAGUAAUAACCUCUGAGACAAAAAGUUCGCGAGCCGGUUUAGUCAUCCGAAAGUUCCGAGAAUCGAGCGCAACUUUGAGAUACAUUCGCGUAUUCUCAUUCCGAAUCGCGUUGGCUAACAGCUGGUUGGCCACAAUGCCAUCGCCGUACCUGCUGGAUAUUUGCUCUGCCCCGGAGCUUCGUAGACCGCGAUAAGAUAUCUGCCGACUAGUGGUGAAUAAAAGUCAGAUACUCGUACUUGUACCUGCGAAUAAUAUAAAAAAAUAAACGGCGAAGAAAAGAAAAUCGCACAGGUCGGUGCCAGUGUUUAAAGUUAAAUCGAAGUGCUUAUCUUAUCGGCGGGCCAUUGAUUAAGCUUUGCCUUUCCGUUCUGCAGUGGGUGAAGUCAUUUCGGUCACAAUUCGCCCAUUUUAGAUACUCUAUCUAAUGCAGCAGCCCAGGCAGUGGCGAUAAUAACAGACCUCCUUCAGUGCCUCUUCAGUUGCUCUGCAAUAGCUGGCUAAAUUUAGAGACGAGAUUCUUGGCCAGGCCAAAGUCAACGGCAAAGCUAAACAAGACGCACUCGUAAAUCAAGCAGCCGGAGAAGACCAAGAUGGACAUAGAAUCCGAUUCGGACACCUCGGAGAGAUGGGAGGACUUUUUUGGCAGCACCACAGAGUUGGCACCCUCGUUGUUGGGCAUCUACGACACAUUGACGAAUAGCCUGGCCACGGGGGGCGUGGCAGCGGCACCCACUGCGACAUCUCACGAAUUGAAGGCUUCCAGCAGCGGCGACUCGACGCCCAAAAGGAGCAACAGCAACUGCAGCAGCAGUAGUACUUCCUCAUCGAGUGGCAGCUGCUCGAGUGUCCCCACCAGCGAUGACCAGUCCGCCAGCUACACGCUAGCCAGUUCCAGCACACAUUUGGGACAUCAGGAGCCACCUGCUCCGUUGGUGGUUGCUGGCCUGCGGGACGAACCGGAUGGCGCUCAGUUAAGCCGCUUGGUAGUGCAGCGGAGGAGUCAGGAGUCGCAGAUACACGGCAGUAGCAGCAGCCUCGCCUCGAGUGGCAGCAGUCGACGAGGCAGCAAUAUCCGCAUCCUUUCACCAAAUGUCCAUAGGAUCAUUACGCACUCGGAUAUCCAACCCGUGGAAGCGGUGUCCGCGGAGGCUUUGAAGCAGCACCAGCAGCAAUCCCAAAGGAGUCCCACUCACGGAAGGUAUAUAAAGACCGGUAAUAGUGGGACAGCUCCUGUGGCUGGUUCCACGCCCAAACACAAACUCUCGCACAUACCGCUGUCCAAGAUCACCGGCAAGUUGUCCACCCAAUCUGGCAGCGAGCUGGUGUCCACCUUCGAUUCCAGCAACGAGUAUCUGAACUCGGUGGCCUUUGCCGCCUUCGAGAAAACGAAAUCCCUGGACGAGGAUCGAACACCGACAAACAAAUACACGCCAGGAACUCCCUUCCACUUCGAUGGGCAUCCGUUUCAAGGGCGGAAACUAACCCUGCCCAGGUACGACUCCCAGCAGAGCAUCAAGCUCAUUGAAAUGGAGCAGCUGGCGGCCACCAGUGCCCAACUGCAGCACGCGCAGCCCGCCACGCCUGGAACUCCGGCCACGACAACUCCCAAUACACCCAAACCGAAGGAGUUUGUGUGCAGUGAGCCCCUGAGUCCUGUGGAUAUAGUGGAUACCAUUAACUUCGACUUGGUCACACAGCACAUGGAAAGAUUAACCAUGGCAGAUCCAGGAGGACUAGAUCCGAGGGCGGAGAUCAUAGAGGCGGUCAACAAAACCCUGGUAAGCAAGCCUCUGGUCAGAAGCUCCUCCGCCGCCUGUGCCUCUACCAUCUGCAGUUCACCUUUGCUGACCUAUGCCCGCACCAAGAGUUUGGGCGCCAAGUCCAGCACUUUGGGUGGCGGAGUGCCACUUAAGUUACCCACUGCCGAGCAGCUGGCCGAGUUGGAGGAGGCCAACAAGCUAUCGGCGGAGAGUCUGGACAGGCUGACGGAUAUCAAGCCCAAGUUUGCAGCUCGACUGAGUGAGCUGGCCAGGCUGAACAACCGCCCUCUGUCCUCUUCCUCCAUUUGCUCCACCUCCUCCAGUUCCAGUUCCGGAUCGGAUCAACUGCUCAACGGCAAGCUAACGGCCACUUCCUACUUGGCCAGUGUGGAAAGUCUGGCGGAGAGUGAGAAUGAGCUGGGCGAUCAACAUCAUCCACCUGCCAUGAGUGUCCUUGAGAAAACCUGCCUGGAGAUCGUGGACUCGGAGCGAAGCUUCGUCGAGGAUCUGGGUCAGGUGAUCAAGGGGUACCUGCUUGACUGGAAGGAGCGAGCCUGCCUGCGCGUGGACGAAUUGCAAAUACUCUUCGCCAACAUUGAAGAGAUUUACGAAUUCAACUCGAUGCUCCUGCAGCGGCUUAUCAACACGGGAAGGGAUCCCGGGAGGAUCGCCAGGUGCUUCAUUGACCUGCGCGACGGCUUUGAUGUGUACACAACCUACUGCACAAGCUACCCGGAAGCCAUCUCGCUGCUGACCAAGUUGCUGCAGGCCACGCACACGUACUCUUUGCUCGCCUCCACGCAGAAGCUCCUCCAACACCGCCUGCCCCUGGGUUCCUAUCUCCUGAAGCCAGUGCAGCGGAUCCUCAAGUACCAUCUGCUUCUUGAUAGCCUGCGCAAGCACUGCGAUGUGAAGGAGGUGGCCGAGGCCCAUGUGAUCAUGCGCCAGGUGGCGCACAACAUUGACCAGGUGAAACGCAAGCAGGAGCAGCAGAGUCGCGUCAAGGAGCUGUCCGGUAUUCUGGACGGCUGGCUGGGACCAGAGCUCACUGUUCUGGGUGAACUGCGUCAAGAGGGCCUGCUGAUGGAGCAGCACAACAAACAGCGUCUGGUCCUCCUCUUCGCCACCAUGCUGAUCAUCACCAAGCAAAAGGAGGACGGACGCCUGCAGUUUAAGACCUACAUUUCGCAAAACAAUCUGAUGUUGAGCGAACACUUGCCCGGGGAGCCGACCAGCUUCUAUGUCAUCCCCUUCGACGAGCCGCGCCACCAAAUCAAACUGACGGCCCGGAAUCGUGACCAGAAGCGCAUCUGGACGCAGCACAUCAAAGGUGUCAUGCUGGAGAAGCUAGACAUUCCGAUGCGCGCCAAGGAGCUGGUCUAUCAGCUGGGCAACGAGGAAGAUCGUACGCCAGAUCGCAGCACUUGGAAGUGGAGUCUCCAUUCGGGAAGUAAUUCCACUCCCACGUACCUGGAGCGAAGGAAUGCCUGUCGGAGGAGUGAGAUACGCCAGCGGAACUCCAAGUUCAAGCGGAAGACGGUGACCAACUCUAGUUCCUUUGAUAGCUUCAAUGAGUCGCUAGAGCAGGAGGAGGAAGCGGUCAGCCAGGCUAAGCCAUCGAAGCCUCUGUCCAGGAAUAAUAGCCUCGACGAUACUGCUCUACAGAAGUUUGCUGCGGCGAUGAGAUACCGCAAGAGAGAUGCCGGGGCUAAGGAGGACACCAAGACUCCGGUGAAGGACUCCUGUAAAUGCGGACAGGAAUCAAAGCAGGAGGAUCAGCAGGAUACGUGUUCGUGUAUUUUGCGUGAUCAGCGUAGUCGCAGUUCCAAGUCGCAUUCGCCUGUCUUCAGCUACAAGGCUCUCAAAGAGCGCAGCAAGUCCGUGCCCCGGAUCGGAGGCUUUAGUUUGGAUGAAGAGGCGGAAAGGGAGCGAGAACAGGACGAGGACAGUGCUGCCUCCUUGAGAGGAAGUAAACCCGAUCUCAGCGAGCGCAAGACCAAGGGAAAGGGCUUCUUUGAGGUCAAGCAAUACAACCACAAGACGAUGCCCAAGAAGAUAGCCACUUUGAAGAAGCAGCGAGGAAGCAACACCAAGAGCUGCUCCAGAUUCUACAUGGAUCUCAGCGAAUUCGAUAGCAGUAGCACUGUGCUCAAGAUAACCGAAUCCACAGAGGAGUUGCGACCGGAUGGGGAAGUCGAAUUGGCCCAGGAGGCUGCAACCCUAGAUGAGUCCUCGCAGGAUCAGUAUUACAACCAGGAGCAGGAGGCGGAACUUCUGUCUCCAGCGGAAAAGUCCAAAAGGGAUGCUCAGAUCGUUUUGGAUUUACUAAAGAACAACAAGGAAUUUGAGAGGAUUUAUAACAAGCAGCAGAAGAGGCGAGAAAGUCCAGUAAGUCCAGUGAGUCCUGACAUCAUCUGUGGUCCCAUUCUGCCGCCACCACGCCCACCAUCCAGAUCUCCACCACCCUUGGAAGUAGAGGAAAAGCAGAAGAAACGGAUCGAAGAAGUCGACUCAGUGGGUGAGGAACCCAUCUACGAGACCCUGCUGCGCAAUGUCCAUGUGCCUUAUAAGUUUUCACCUGUGCUGGGACGCGCGAAAUCCUCGCAGAUGCUAAAAAAGCGAUCCAAGGCUGCACCAGCAGCUCCACGGCCGGAAUCGGACUAUGUGACCCUGGUUUACUCACCCGAUGGAGUCCUACAACGUGUGGGCGAGGAGGCAGUGCAAAGGGACAGCUGCAGUUCCUCUUCCACCUCAACUUCCUCAAAUGGAUCGGGAUCGACACUGAAAAGGGACAGCCAGAGCACGGUGAUCAAUCUAUCGAUGGAGGCUGUCCAAGAACACUCAUCUCGUCCCUUGCCAAAGAACUCGGUUUCGGGAUCGGAGAGUUCACUGCUGCCGAGAGCCCUUAAGUCCAUCGACAACCUGACCAUGGCCUUCGGACGCUCCAAUCGACCGCCGGAGCGCAGGGUUUCCGAUGUGAGUGAGAUGUGCCGCCAGAGCGUUUUGCAUCGCCAGGGCAGCGAGGCGGUGGGUGAGCGGAUGGCCCACGUGGACUACGCCGAUCCAAAGACUUUAUUCGGAAUGGGGGUCCUGAAUCACUCAGAACGGGAUUCGGUCUUCUCGCUGACCUCCUCCUCCAGCGACAGUAUGUGCGAGCAGCAGCGCAAGAAAUCCGGAGUUGAUCCUCCGUCAGCCACCUUCGAGUAUGAGCAGCAAGUAGAGGAUAGCCUAGAGAAUGACUUCCGAGACUCGGCCAUUUACAGUGAUGACAACGAAAAGCGUUCCGGAGAUUACGAUGUCCAUUUGCGCCGACCAACCAGUCCACCUCCAGCGCCGCCACCCGUUGGACCUCGUCCUCAUCACCCACCACACAUUGCCCCCAAGCCCUCCAAGGAACAGAUCAUCCAGCAGAGAGCGGGCGUCAUUGUCUGCCAGUCGGCCUCCCGGAGUUGGGUCCUUCAGCAGAUCGAAAACUUCAACAAGUAGGAUCUUGAUGAUCCGAAGACGAGCCGUUGUAAACGACCCAUUGCCAUAAAACAAUUCCUUUGUAAUUUCUACAUGUACAUAGUUAUAAGUGUUUUAUACACACUUUGUAUGCAAUGCUAAUCUUAGAUACCGUUAGUCGACUGUUUUAUAUUUAGUGCUUAGUUGCAUAACCGCAGAGUCAUUUAAUAAAGUUCGUAAUCACUUUGAAAAUG